CCCUUCCCCCCCCCCCUCUCGCCCCUCGCUCCCUCUCUAUCUCCCCCUAUUUCCCGCCCCUGCCCCAUGGUGGUCCUUGUCGCUGUGAUCGCAGCGCCGCCAAGCACGGCCGCCGUGGCCGCCGUGGCCCCCUCCUCCCAGUCUCCGGCCCUUCUGGCCGCGCGGAUACAUGACCCCUCGCUGGUGGGCAACAACGCGCAAGAGCGCCGGCAGCGGGUGUCCUAUGUUGUGACGGCGGCCGUGCGCCAGGCCGUCGCCAGCGCCGCCUGCCGGUCGGUGUCGGUUGCCUCGAUGGCCGCCAGCUAUGUGCCCUCGCAGCCGCAGCCGCAGCCGCAAAGUCAGCAGCAGCAGCAGCAGCAGCAGCAGCAGCAGCAGUCUAACCGCCCCCGGGCCGGACCAGGCGGGCCGGCGUCGGCAGCCGCAGCCGCAGCCGCGGCCGGGGCCCCGCGCGAUACCAUCUUCGUGGCCGAGGCCAGCGCCGGGCAUGGCCCGGUCAUGGGCGGGCGCCUGUCGGCUGCGCCGCUGGCGGCCGCCAUCGAGUCCAGCGCGGCGGCCGUGCUCAGCCUCGACCGGACCUCGGACGACGGGGUCUUCGCGCUGCCCCCCUCGCCGGGUCUCUUCCCUGUGCAGUACACUUGUGUGUGGGCGCGCACGGGCGGGCUGAUUGUCUCGCUCCUAUUGGACCCCGGCGAGAAUCCCCUCUUCGCCACGAAAACCGCCCGCGCACUGGUCAUGGCGAUUGGUGGGCUCUCGGCGACCAGUGGCCGGCAGGCCAACCCUCACGCCCCCUUCCAGUCGACCAUUUUGCUGGAGGCGCGCCUCAGCCUGUGGAGCAUGGGCGCAAAGUGGUAUUAA